UCAGUCAGGUUUGACUGCCAGGAUUGGAAGAAGCAAAGUAAUUUUUCCGAAGACGCUAUGUAUUGGUUAGACCCUGAUGGAGGAAACCAUUCAAACGCGUUCCUGGCGUACUGUGACAUGACGUCAUACAAUGGAGGAUGGACCAUGUGUUACACAACUGAUGAAUUUACCAAACCCAAGACUGAAGUCACCUACAAUCCUGAGCUUCCUUAUGGAACGGAUGGGUACAGAACGAACUGCAACCAUAUUAACGUAAGUGGAUUUAGUGAAUCGAUAAAGAAUCCAUUCUCAAGUUGGUGAAAUAAGAAGGUUUUUUAUUGUUAGAGUAAUGACACAUUGGGCGUUACAUUGUUGAUGCUGCAUCUCUAAAUAAUAUUGUAACUUUACAUAUCAGUUAAACAAACUGGAAAAGAACUCUUCACUCUUUACACACCUAAUUAUAUAUCAAGUUUUUGAACAAAUUAUAUUCUUAUCUUAGCAGUCUUUAUACUUACUUAUUCAAUUAAUUGCCCUGGGCGCUUAUGAAUUUUUGGACCUUGAGAGUGGGCGCUUACUCGAGGUGGCCCCUUAUUUGAGGCUGGGCGCUUAUCAAAUUUUCACCAUUUUCAGCAAGUGUAGUAUGCAUUUUUUGGAACCAAACAAUAAAUGCUCAUAACAAAACGCGAAGAUGUAACAAUGCAAGGUUUCUGUAAAAUACUUUGAAGAAAACGCGUAUCCGUCUUCGUGGAAGUCUCUUAUUAGCACUUAUUAUUUAAUUUUUUGUGCGUCGGAGGGGGAAGGGGGUAGGGUUGGGGUAGGGGUGGGCACUUAUUGAGUUUGAGUUGGAAGGGGAGGGCCGUGGGGUGAGGCUGGGCCCUUAUUUAGCAAUUAAUGAAUGAGGCUGAGUAGGAUAUGAAGAAUUAAGAAGAUCGAGGAGGGUGCUAUCCACCGAGGCUGAAGGCCGAGAUGGAUAACUCCCUUCUAGAUCUGCUUAAUUCUUCAUAUGCUACGAGAGCCGAAUUUGUUAAUUGCUUUAUUAUUCAUUUAAAAUAAUUCCUAGAUUAAAAGCACAGCUAAAACAUGCUUACCUGCAUCGAUGUUAAGUUUAUCUUCGAUAGUGUACGUUUAGGUUUGUCCAGCUCCGCAAAUAUUCUCCAAAUAGCUGAUGUCGCCCUCCGAAUUGUCUUCUUGCUGUUUUUGCUAUGUUUUUAGCCAUUAUUUCGCCUAGUUCCAGCUGUAGUUCUUACUCUUGAAGCGAGUGAAGUGUCCGCCAUUUUAGUUUUCACAAAGAAAACAACUCAACCUCAACUCCCCAGGUCUUCUCGGUUAACGGUGCAUUAACCCGUAGAGGCUUCAUUUUUGACGUCAUUUCCUCGUUAAACACAACUGGUAACUGGUUAUGGUGAAUUAUGCGAGUGCUUCUAGCCAAUCAGAAUUAGGGACAUAUUUUGAAGGAAUAAUAAUAAGUUUUUCUGCCUUUAGGAUGGGGGCUUAUUCGAGGUGGGCGCUAAUUCGAGGUUGGGCGCUUAUUCGAAUAAAUACGGUACUUUGUUUUACGUUAUUAGAGUAUUCUAUUGAUUGUAUUGUAUUGUUGUUUAGUCCAUCUAAUUCUUGGUUUGCAAACACGUAACAAGGAGGCUAUGUUGGGGGUCAAUACAAUUGAAUUUUUUCUCGAAAAAUUUACAUGAAAAUAGAGCUUAGUUCCCAGAGGAGAAAAAUGCUUUUGUUCUUGACCACCAACGUGGGCGCCGUGAUCUCACAUGUAAACCGGCAAUAGAUGAACCUUGUAUUGUAAAGAUGUCCUUCCUCCCCCCUCCGCAAUUAGUUUAUAAGCUAUUCGUGGGUGGGAAAAUAAUGUUGUUAGUUAUAUGUUGAACCUCAAUAAAAUUUGUUGUUGUUGUUUGUUGUUAUGGUGGUGCAACUGUCAAAACAAUCUGUAUUCGCGGCCGAUUUCCCGAAAUCAUUGUGCUAAAGAGACCGUGCUGCACCUGUCAGGAGCCCAUAACUGAUGUAUUACUAAAUACUCCUACACUUAGGCUCAUGCGCGGUACCGUUUUUUUUAACACAAUUAAUUCAAAUGACCGGAAAUCAGCCAGGAGUAAAGUUUGUUAUUCAUUGUUAUGACAGUUGUUCCAUAACCUGCAUAAGUAGCCUGUUCCAAGCGUUCAGAUCGUGGGAACGGGGCAGACGGCGCAAAGAGAUGUUUCGGCAGAAAAAAAACUGCGAGGUGGUGUAGAGGCAGCCUUCUCUCCUCGUUCCUCCCCGCUAAGGACUUUUCGCCAGGACUGAGACAGCUGUUUUAUGUGGCUAGAUAUCAUUUAGGUAAAGUUAAACUCGAGCGAGUUGGCCAGCGGUCUUCUCCCACUUCUGUAUGUGACCUACGGGGCGGCCCGCGGGGAAUUGCAGGGCUCCUUGUGUGCCCUUUUUCUAGUGUUGCUUUGCAUUGUAGCUUGCUGAUCGUAGCGGAUCAAUUUUUGCCUUCUUGCGAAUCAUUGCGGAUUCUUGCUCCCUCUCCUCCCUCUCUGCCUGGUGGUUUGGUAAAUCAUCAGUUUUCUCAGGUAAGUAUCUCCACUGAAUUUAUUCAGUGUGACGGUGCCGGUUAGUGGCCGCUCUUGGGGUGGCUCCCGCUUCCAGGGUUGCCAUGGAUACCUCCUCUCUGCUUAUUGCAUUUGGCCUCCCACUAACCUUCAAGGCACCUGCUCCUAAGCUCAUUAUUAGCGAUGAGUUUAACGCAGGCUUGAGUUGCACCACUGCUCGCGCUCGUAAAGAGUUCUUUCUCAGUUUGUUUAAUUGAUAUUUAAUCAUACAAAGUAUUCCAUUUUGUGGUGAACCUUCAAAAAUUUAGAUUGUUAUCUUGAAGUUAGAGUAUCCCUAUCUCCCGGGAGGGAUACUCCUGGAAAUUCUUGGCUUGGUGUGCCGCCCGGUUCUUAAAAUCCUGACCCUAUUUCAGACCAAAAAAUGUCAUUUUCAGUCCUGGCGUCUAAAAUCCAUACCCGUUUUCAGACCUGGAGGUGGUCACAAAACACAACACAACAUUUUUAGAUAAAACAGAAAUUAUGUCGUCAUUGCUGAGAUUAAAACAGCAACAAAAACAUUUCUUAAAAUCCAUUUCGAAUUCGUAUAUUACACUUUCUUUCUUAUUCAUGUGGAAUUGAAACGACGAACACGUUGAUAAACAACCGUAGUUCCUUCGUAAAGUUAUUUGAGUUAGUUCUUUGAAAUAUUUUUGUUUUCUAACUUGCAUACUAGAGAGAGAUCUUUACGUUUCAAUUGAAACUGCAUGCGUUUUGCCUUUCUGCCGGACAAAAUCGAACUAAGCGCGUCGAUUGAGUUAGAUUGGUUCGAUGCAGUUCGGUAAUCCGGAGAACUCACCGAAAAGUUUCAGUUCGAUUAUGUUCGAUCACCGAACCAAUCGAACAAAGAUCCGACUGAUUGAGCUCGAUUGUUCGAUUAUCGACGUCGGGUAUAUUCCCAUAUAUGGUUUUUAUAUUCGGGGCAUAUACAGAACACAGGACAGAAGCUAAGGUUCUGCCUUUGUAUGUGUAGAUAGUCGGAUUAAUUCAAGCUAUUUUGCUGUCAUGAGAAUAGUUCCUUUGAGAAAAUCCAGUGCCCAAAAGAGAACCAAAACAACCAUUUUUGAAUAGACUUAACAUUCCUUAUCACUCAUUCAAAAUAUUUUCCCGAUUCUGAUUGGCUAAAAGCACACGCAUAAUUCACCAUAACCAGCUACUGAUGACCAAAUUUGGAAGAAUUUUGCGAUUAAUCAACCGAUGACGUCAAAAGUGCAGCUUCCUUGCGGGUUAAUGCACCGUUAACCGAGAAGACCUGGGGACGAGGUUGAGUUGUUUUGGUUAUGAAAACAAAAAUGUCGGACAUUUCAUUCGUUUCAAGAGUAAGAACUAGGCUAAAUAAUUGCCAAAAACAUGGCAAGAAGAGCAAGAAGACAACUCGAACGGCGACAUCUGCUAUUUGGAGAAUAUUUGCGGGGCUGUACAACCCUAAACGUGCACUACGAGUCUCUCGAAGAUGAACGUAACAUCGAUGGAGGUGCGCAUGUUUUAGCUAUGUUUUUAAACAAGGAAUUGUUUUGAAUGAAUAAUAAAACAAUUAUUGAAUUGGCCGUUUGUAUCAUAUGAAGAAUUAUGGAGAUCUCGAAAUACACCCACCUCGAUCUCCAUAAUGCUUCAUAAGAUACUCAGCCUCAUUCAUUAAUUGUUAAUUAAUUAUUUCUGUUUUUUCCCAAGUUUAGUGAAAUUAUCUUUAUUGAUCACCAAACUGGGAACAAGUCCUACUUCACAAACGCAGGCGUUACAAAGAUAAAGGUCGAUGGUAACUAUGGCAACAGAGCUGAUACCUAUGGAUUAUGGCACGGCUUCGGAUCAAUGAAUGAUGAUUACGAGUAUCAACUGUUGAUUUGUGAUAAUGAAUUUUACUCUGGCUUCCUCGUGUCUGGUUACCGCAAAAUAAUAGUAUCUGAACGAGGUUGUUACAAGGAAUGCAGUGAUUGGUGUGGUGAUUUCACGUCGCCGUACUUUCGCACAGCCGCUAAUGGUUCAGAUGGUAAUGGCGUCGCGUUCAACACCAACGGACACCGGUCAUUAGCCAAUCGACUGAUCAGUGUUGGGCUGCGAUAA